AUGUUGGGCAGCGGGCGAGGACCUCGGUCCGGUGCCUCUCUCCAAGCGGCCAUCAAGCGACAUGGGACCAGAAACGAGUGGAGUGCAGCGCUUCACUUGUUUCGCGAAACCGUUUCGCAUUAUGCGAAACCUGACCUCGUCCAGUACAUGGCGGUUAUUGGCGCGUGCGGAAGAGGCCAGCAGUGGCAGCAGGCGCUGUCGCUGCUCAGCGAGACUUGGAAGGCGGAGCUGGAGCCAGACGUCAUCAUCUACAGCCUUGGGAUUAGCGCGUGCGAGAAAAGCAGGGAGUGGCAGCAGGCAUUGUCGCUGCUUCGCGAGAUGUCGACGUUGAGGUUGGAGGCAAAUGCUUUCAGCUACGGUGCUGGAAUCAGCGCGUGUGGGAAAGGCGGAAAUUGGAAACAGGCUGUGUCGCUGAUCUUCGAGAUGUGGGAAGGGAGAGUGGAAACCAAUGUAAUUUGCUACAGCGCUGGGAUCAGCUCGUGCGAAAAAGGCGGGCAGUGGCAACAGGCGUUGUCGUUGCUCGGCGCGAUGCGGGAGGCGGAGCUGGAGCCGGACGCCAUCAUCUACAGCGCAGGGAUCAGCGCGUGCGAGAAGGGCGGAGAAUGGAGACAGGCUUUGUGCUGGUUCGCCGACAUGCGGACGGCGGAGCUGGAGCCCAACAUCAUCAGCUACAGCGCCGCGACCAGCGCGUGCGAGAAGAGCGGGCAGUGGGAGCAGGCGCUGUCUCUGCUGCUCGGGGCACGUGAGGCGAGUUUGGAGCCAGACGUCACUACAGUGCUUGGAUCAGCGCGUGCGAGAAAGGCAGGCAGUGGCAGCAGGCGCUGUCGCUGCUCAGGGAGAUGUGGGAGUCGGCGUUGA